GUUAGUCAUAAUUUGUUUUUCUUCUGUCACUUGGUCAAAAGUUGUUCUCAAACAAUCAAGAAAAGAGAAAAAAAAUGAGUGAAUUUCGUUCAAGAUCAUCGAGAUUUUCACCGAUUUUCGACGAAAAUCAACUCCUUGGAGAAGGCGUUCGCCGAGUGAACCAAGCAGUAUUCAUUUCGAAGGAUCGUCAAGCCAAGGAUAGCGAAGAUGAGGACAGUGAUUCUUGUUCUGUUGCUUCCACUUUGAUGAACGGACCUCUCGAAGUAAAGAGAGAAUAUGAUUCUGAUUCCAGUACUACACAAACUGUUACACCGAUAAUAUCCACCAAACGGGUGUAUGAUCCUAGUGCUUAUGAUAGAUGGCUUAAGGCUAAAAACGAAUCAGAAACUAAGCGAAAAGAGCAAGAGCGCAUGCGCAAACGACGUGAAGAAGCAAAAAAGAAAAUGGAAGAAGAAAAACGGAAACAGGAAAAUGAAGAGAAGUUAAAACGUUGGAUGGAACGAAAGGAACAGGAAAAACAGAAACAGAAAAAGCAACAGGAAAAGAAAAAGAAGAACAGUGAAACUAACAAAAAAUGGUUACCAAACGAGGAAAGUAUUACAAACUUCAAUGUAUGGUUGAGCCGCGUGAAGCAACAGGAGGAACAGACAAAAUUGCGUCAACUGGCCAAGCAACGCAUGGAGGAAGAAUUCAAGCAGCAGCGGCAAGAUCUUUCGAAAAUGUUCUACGACGAGUGGCUGAAGACGUCCAAAAGUAAGCCUAAGCCGGUUCCACUAAACCGAGGAACGGAGAGCCUGCGAGGGACGAUUUCGGAACUUUUCAUCAAUCCAAAACCAUGGCAGACGACGUCUAAUUAGUAAUGUAUGCCACGUAGACUCUUUUUGACAGUUGUCUAAUGGCGUUAGUCUAAUGUCAAUAGCUAUUAAUUGUCCGCCUACUAUUGUUUCUGGCAAGAUAAUAAAUUUCCGGUGUUAAAUCU